AUGUCCGACACAAACAUUUACUCCUUUCAUCCGGAGGGAAAGGUCAUCUUUGUCCUUACAGAAGAGCCAUCCACACCCUCAGACUCCACUUAUCGAGAAGAUCACGAAUCUUGUAACUUUGGAUUUGCUUCAGCGCGCCCAGGAACAUGUAGCAUGCAGCGUUCCUACAUCGACCUAGCUGAACUGAUCCCUAAGGAUGAUAACCAGUCGUCGUCAACAAUCGCUCUAGCCCUGAAGAAUGAAAUCCUCAAAGACGAACGGACCCUCUCAGAAACCCAUCCAGCUCCCAAGUAUCUGAUACAAGCAUCCGAGAAACACCUCGCUCUGUCAUCGCCCGUAUUCAAACAAAUGCUCAGCGGCCUCUGGAAAGAAACUAUCGACCUCGCAACAGAAGGACAUAUCCGAUUCGAGAUCAAGAAGUGGAAUCUGCAACCCUUCCUCAUCUUUCUCCAAGUAAUGCAUGGCCGACCAGAGCCCAAGAGUCUUAAUGUGGACACAAUCACCGAAGUGGCGCUCCUAGUCGACUACUACCAGUGUCUGGCAGAAUUUCGACGAGCCAUGCGUGCAUGGCUAAAAGAGGUCAAGAAGACUCUGAGUCCUUCCUAUGAGACAUAUAUGAAGUGUCUGUGGGUUUGCUGGCAACUCCGUCGAUCAAGCGAUUUCCGCGAUUUCAGCAAUCUCGCGGUGUACUUUGCGGACGACCUGAUCGAGGGCGAGGGACUGCCACUCCAUCCUGUCGUGCUGGACAAGCUCAACGCCGCCCGGAAGAAGGCCCUAACGCCAAUAAUCCGCCGCUUGCCGAUGCACUACAACAGCGAAAGGCCCGCCGAAUGGGUCCACAGAGGCUUCUGCGGCGAAUGCGCAACAUUGCUGAGCGACUUGCUGGACCUGGACAUUCGGCAGGCUGCCCGUGAGGCAUACCCGGUUGCGCCUUUUUCUGGUCUGAGCUUUGCUAAGCUCGUCGUGACGGAGUGUCGAGGACGCCGGUGCCAGGAUAUGGGGAUUAUUCAUAUUGAGAGGAUGUACCAGACUGUGGACCAUAGUGAUGCUGGCUCGGUGUCUCGGUUUGUCCGCAAGCUGAAUAUCAAGCCGGUUACCUUGGAGGAAUGCUUGAAGAUGAUGGCCAGGUAG